CAUUCACACCAACCACCACCACUUACAAAUUCACCACUUAAAAAUGCAAAAAGGAAACAGGGAAAUGUGAGCAAAAAACACACCAAAGAACUUAUACGUGAAAUAAAGUUUUCAGUUGUAGUUACAUAUUGGUAAAAUAUACAAGGCAAAAUAGAAAAAGAAAAUUUAACUCGAUUACUAAAUAGAAAAAAAGUGAAAUUUAUUUAAAAUUAUUAUAAAAUUUUUAUUUUAUUUCCGUUUAAUAACACAAAUAAGUUCAAUUUAAUUUUGUUAAAUAAACCCCUCAAAUUAUACUACAAAAAAUUCAACAAGAAAAAGUAAAAGUAGAAAGAAAAAGGAUCAGGAUAUUUGAACAGAAAUUAGUACCUUAAAAAAGAAUACAAACAAAUAUUUUGUGAUUUUGAAUCAUUAAACAAGUAAAAUCUGUUUUGAAGGCAAAAAUAAUUUUGUUGUAAGAAAUCAACAAAAAAAAAAAAUUUGCCACAUCUGAAGAAAAAAUUACGAAUAUGCGUGCUUUGGUCGAAGAUACAAAAAAACUAAGCGUGAAUAAUAACAAUAACAAUAAUAACGAUAUUGCAAAUAGCGAGGUGACAACUACAAUUGCAAGAAACUCUAGCAAAACAGCAAGUGCAGCAACAAAAAAAUUAAAUACAAAAAUUGCCACUAAAACAAAUACGCAGCAGCCAGUAAGUAAAACUAAAGUGGCUGCAGCAACUAAAACAACAGUGGCAACAGUAGCAAAACCUUCAACAGGGCUAAAGACACCAAAUACAGAAAAACCAACAGCAGCUGCAGCAGGUGAAGCCGCAGCUAAAACGUCAUUUACCAAUAAAACGUACAAAAUGCAACAGCAGCAACAACAACAGCAACAAACGACAAUAACUAGUACCACCAAUACCAAUACUAAGGCAGGAAAAGCUGCCGCAAAUUGUCCUUCACCUCCAACAACCGGAGUCAAAUUGCGUACCAAGCAACAGCCACAACCUAAAAAUGACAAGAAAGAAAAUCACAAUAACAAUACCACAACAACUGGUCCAACCACAACGUCAUCAACAACAAUUGCAUUGCCCAAAGCAGCACAUGCUAAUACCACUGAGGAAAUUGCCGGUGGUGUACAGGAUACAAUUUAUUUGUGCAAUUUUCGCGUCUCGGUCGAUGGUGAAUGGUUGUGCUUGAAAGAAUUGCAGGAUAUCGAUAGUAAUCCCGCUAUCUCGAACUCUGAUGGACGCUUAGCUGGCAGUGGUAGUGGUGGUGGCGGUGGUGUUGGAGGUCAACGACCCUAUUCGAUGUAUUCGCAAAAGCACAAACGCUAUUCGGCCGGUGAUCGUAGCUCGUAUGGCGGUGGCGGCGGUUUCGAGGAUAAUGGUAUAUUUGCAUUACACAAUUUUAUAGCUGGUCGUCGUUUGUAUGAUGAACAGGGUCACGCUUUUCAUACAAAUAUGCUUACUGCACCCCAUGCACGAGAAAGUGGCUUUAUUGGUGUUUUUGGUGGUGGUGGCGGGGGUGCUAGUCAAAGUUCGAAUGAAUGGUCAAAUCUUUCCCGUGAUCCUGCUGAAAUAGAACGUAGUAAUUUGGUAAAUAUUUGUAAAUUGGUGGUAAAAGAAUUACUCGAACAAUCGGUGCGCUAUGGACGUAUGUUGGACUCUGAUCAUUUGCCCUUGCAACAUUUCUUUAUUGUUAUUGAACAUGUUUUGGGCCAUGGUUUGCGUACGAAAAAGGGCCUCUUGGGUCCUCGCAAAGAACUCUGGGAUCUUUUACAAUGCGUUGAGACCUAUUGUCCCGAGGCUCAGGAUAUAACUGCCAGUGUACGAGAUUUACCAACAGUACGCACUCAUAUAGGUCGCGCACGUGCCUGGUUGCGUAUUGCUUUAAUGCAGAAAAAACUCUCGGAUUAUUUACAAGCUCUAAUAGAACAUCGCGAAGAUGCUUUAUAUGAAUAUUACGAACCACACGCUUUAAUGAUGAGCGAUGAGAUUGUCAUCAUAAUGGGCAUUUUAGUGGGUCUUAAUGUUAUCGAUUGUAAUUUAUGUGUUAAAGAGGAAGAUCUUGAUUCUCAACAGGGUGUUAUAGAUUUUUCUUUAUAUUUACGUUCUAGUUCUCGUAACAAUGACAAUGAUAAUGACGAAGAAUGUAAUCAGACAAGUGAUGCUAAUGGACAAGGCAAUAUGAUUGCUGUUUUGGACCAAAAAAAUUACAUUGAAGAAUUAAAUAGACAUUUGAAUGCAACCGUAGCAAAUUUACAAGCCAAAGUUGAAUCGUUAACUACCACAAAUGCUCUUAUGAAAGAAGAUUUAGCUAUUGCCCGCAAUAGUUUAUUAGCUUUACAAGCGGAAAAUCAAGCAAUGAGGCAAAAUUCUCAAAUAAAUGCUGGCCCACCUUCAAUUAACUCAAACCAAAGUGACAAUAGUUCAAAUUCCAAGGAAAAUGACAAAGCUGUAGUGGAAUCCCUAAAAGCUGAGCUAGAAAAGGAAAAAAAGAAAUCUUCGGAAUUAGAUAAAGAAUUAAAAUUACAAAUCUCUCUUAAAGCAGAAUCAGAUAUGGCUAUGAAACUAUUAGAGAAGGAUAUACAUGAAAAGCAGGAUACUAUUGUAUCCUUGAGAUUACAAUUGGAUGAAAUAAAACAAAUCAAUUUGGAAAUGUAUCGUAAAUUACAGGAAUGCGAAGCCGAACUUACACAAAAGGGCGAAAUGGUGGCACGCCUACAAACAAAAGCCUCGCAAAUUGGCAAUAUUUUACAAUCGUUAGAAAAGAAAUACGAACAGCAGCAGAUACAAUCAACCUCCGGCUCAUCGUCAGCGGCCGAUAGAUCUCCCAGCACUAGACGACAACAAAAUCUUCAAAAAUUCGAAGCUUUAACCAAAAAACAUAAACAGGAUAUUGGUCCGCCUAUGAAACGUUUACAUUUGAAAAUGGAUGGUAUACCGCCCUUCAAUCCCAACAAUUAUCGUAAAUCACCUUCAACAACGGAAAAAUACCAUGAAUCUAUAGCCGAAGUAAAGACACCUUUAUCGGCUAAAUCGCUAAAACUUUCCGAUGAAGAGGAUAAUACUGGCAACACUAAUAUGCCGCCUGCUUCGCUACCCAAUAAUGCUGUGACCAAAACUGAUUAUCUUUUUAAAGAGGAAAAGGCAGCUAAUUAAGUCAAACAGAAUUAUAUUUUUUUGGUUUUUGUUUGAUAUUUUAAACGCAUUUAUUGAAAUUUGCUGAGUAUUAUUUUUUUUAAUUGUUUGCAAAAAUUAAAUAUUUUGUAAAUUUAGGCGAUACAAUUAGGGUCAGUUGGAGAUUUUUUAAGAGUUAUGCGUUAAAUGUUCAAAAAUAUGUAGUAAAAACGUAACAUUUUGUAAGGUUAUUACUUAUAUUUUGAGAGUGUUGUUUCGGUAUAAUUUAAAUGAUUUGCAAGAAAUUACAUUAGCAACUAAAGUUGUCUGUCACUGAUUUUUGGUACAUUUACCGAGAAUCUAAUAAUCUUCAAGUUCUUAUUGAGAUAAAUCCAUUUAGAUCGGAUAUGUUACGAUUUAUAACUAUCACUAGAAGGAGAGUAAUUGGGAAAAUUUACACGCGGAGUAUAUGUAGUUAAAUAGUAUACUUGUGAUAACAUAUAUUUACAAGCCAAUCCAGAAGUAUUAUACGAUCUUGGAAGUCAAUUUAAAAGAUCGUAAUCCUAUAGAUUUUACCAACGCGUUGUCGCCUUAGAAGGUUCCCCUUAUUUGAGGAUAACUUUAACGUAUUUGACAUUGUCAUUUUGACUAAAAAUACAAAAGCGUUUAACGCCUCGUUCCUCGCCAUCUACUCCUUCGUUCGACCGGUGUUAUUAAUAUCUCGUGGUUUGGCCUGGGCAACUCCUCCAUGGCUAACUGGCUAUCAUGCUGAGGAUAAUCUUUUCUAAAAGUAGGAGAAGCUUUAUCUGCGGUCUGACUGUUAACAUCUCCAUCUACUGAGUGACACUGGUUUCACCAAAGAAGUCACUCGAUAGUUCCAGAAAUCCAUCCCCCUUUAAGUCAGUCCUUCAUUUGCAACAAUUUUGGCAUGCAGGAUCGUGUCUUCGUCCCAAGUACUGUCCAAUUUCAUCUUCUCUCAUCGACUGUGACGUCCGCAAAGUCCCUAUUUGAAUACAGGUCGACCAAGCCACAAGUCCUGUCCCUUCCAAAAUAACAGUACAAAUGAAUUAAUGUUAUUGAUAACGACAACUCAUUACCAAGUAAAGUAUGAUUUUACUACAUUACUUACUUUGAUCUUAAAAGUGGAUCUAUAACGUAAAUCCCAAACGGUAAGGCCCUUAGUAAACAAGAGUGAACCCAGGAUUGGUAUUAUUACUUUAUUUUUUUGGAAAUAACGAAUAUUCUGAAUAUUUAAUUCAUAAUGAAAUGUAAAUGAUCUAAGCACCAUUUAGAACAUAUAAAAUAUUUCUAAAUAUAAAGUUUCAACUGCAGCUAACUUAACGCCUAAUAAAAAAUACGUUAAGAAUGAAUAAAAACUUUAACUUUAUUAAACUAGAUAACAAACCUACAAAUGGAUCGAUUUAUUUUGAUUACAAUUUAGGCUUUAUCUUUAUUUUUUCUACAAUCUUUGAUAUAUUGAUUUAAAAAAUUAACAUAAAACUUAUAAUUAAAAUACUUAAGAAUGUAACGCCUUUAUUAAUAAAAGAAAUAAAAUAUUAAAAGAGAUAUUACGAGAUAUUAUAAUUAGUUAAAUGUAUGAAACGUAAAAAAAACUACUACAAAAAUGAUAUAUGAACAACUUGUAGGUCCUAUAUAAUCUGGUAUAAAUAAAGUAAAUAAAAUACAUUAAACAAAAUCUAUAUAUACAAUACAUACAAUACAUAUAUAAUAAAAAGCCUAUUUAAAAUUCCAAAAAGUAAAAUGUUGAAAUUUCAAUAUAUAGUAUAUGAAUGUAUUGAAUGAAAAUGUUUACGAUUUAAAAUAAAUUUAGAGACAUUGUAGUUUUGAAAUCUUAUUUAAACAAAGAUACAAGAAACAAAUAUAAAUUUUAAUUGAGUUAAUUAUAAUAUAUGUAUUAAUUUAGGUUGUUUUAAUUUUUUUAAUUAUAAAAAUCAUCUAAAGCUUUAAAAUUGUAACAUGCUUCAACUAUAUAAAAUUAUACAUUAAUUACUACUAAAUCCCCUAUAUACACAUGUGUAUUCUUAGAUAUUUCUUUCUUU